CAAAUAAACCUUAUUAUAUAUUCUCGACCUCCGCCUUUCUCUUCUUUUCUCUCUUCUAUAUAUUUUUCAACCAAAACUAUAAAAAAACUUUAUAUUUGUAUUAUGACAUAGUAGUAAAUUAUUUAUUUAUAUGAAAAAUGAAGCCAAUAAAGUUUUUAACAUCUUCUACAAUUGUUCUUUUAUGUGCCUUACUAUUAACCACAUAUUUUCGUUCCAAAAACAAAAGUUAUCCUGGUUCAAAAUUUUCGGAGCUAGAGUUUCUACCUAUAGAAGACGCUUUCGGGCCCGAAAGUCUCACGUUUGACCCUGCCGGAGAUGGACCGUAUGCGGGCUUAUCCGAUGGCCGGAUUAUAAAAUGGGACCCCCAUCAACGGCGUUGGGUGGACUUUGCCUUCACUUCUCCUCUAAGGGAAUUUUGUAAAAAUCAAACUCGAACUAACCAUGAAAAAAUGGAACAUAAAUGUGGGCGACCAUUGGGCCUACGAUUCAAUGAGAAGACAGGAGAGCUCUUUAUAGCUGAUGCUUAUUUGGGCCUGCUUGUUGUGGGCCCAAAUGGUGGGCUUGCUAGCAGAGUUGUAACAGAAGUUGAAGGUGUACCACUUGGGUUUACUAAUGGGCUUGAUAUUGAUCAAUCUACUGGGGCUGUCUACUUUACUUCUAGCAGUACCAAUUAUCCAAGAAGGAAGUAUAUGUCAUUGAUUCUUAGCAAUGAUAAGACAGGAAGAUUGCUAAAAUACAACCCACUUACAAAACAAGUAACGAAGCUUCUCGACAAUCUCACCUUCCCAAAUGGAGUAUCCUUGAGCAAGAAUGGGAAAUUUCUUCUACUAAUUGAGACUACUACUUGCAAACUGUUAAGGCAUUGGCUCGAAAACAGCCCGAAAGCCGGUACAACUGAAGUGUUAGCUGAACUCCCAGGCUAUCCAGACAACAUAAACAGAAACUCCAAAGGAGAUUAUUGGGUGGGAGUUUAUUCAAAGAGAAGUAAAGUUCUGAAGUGGCUUCUUUCAUUUCCUUGGAUUGGACAAACCAUUGUUAAACUUCCGUUCAACGCCGUCGAACUGGCCAAGGUUUUUGUAAGAUUGAGAGCAAUUGGUUUGGCUGUAAAGAUGGAUGAAAAUGGGAAUGUAGUGCAAGUGUUGGAAGAUACUAGUGGUAAGUUGAAGUUCGUAAGUGAAGUGGUGGAAAAAGAUGGGAACUUGUGGUUUGGUUCUGUUAUUUUGCCCUUUGCAAGUUUGUACAAGAAUUAUGAUGCACAAAGUUAAUUGAAAUAAUAUAGAUGAUAUAAGGAUGUUUUCAUGUUUGCACACAAAGAAUUUGAGUGUAUGUACUUAAAUUAAUUAAUUAUUUAUUAGCAGUA